AUGAGAAGGUUCAAUAACAGCCCCCAUCACACCAAUGGCUUUAUUCUGGUAGGCUUCUCUGAAUGGCCACGGUUAGAGAUGGCUCUUCUUGUAGUCAUCUCCAUCUUCUAUAUAGUGACCCUCUUUGGGAAUUCGGCUAUUAUCAUUUUGUCUCGCCUUGAUCCUAAACUCCACACCCCUAUGUAUUUCUUCCUGGCCAAUCUUUCCGUUUUGGAUCUCUGCUAUACCACUUCUACCGUCCCCCAGAUGCUGAAAAAUAUACAGAGCCACGAGAGAAGCAUCAGCUAUGUGGGCUGCAUAGCACAACUCUUCAUCUUCCUUAGCCUGGGAUCUACAGAAUGUGUGCUUCUCUCCAUCAUGGCCUUUGAUCGGUAUGUGGCUAUCUGCCACCCUCUGCGUUACACAGUUAUCAUGCACUCCCAGCUGUGCCAACAGCUGGCAGCAGUAUCUUGGGUAACUGGUUUCAGCAACUCUUUGGUACAGACAGUGUUGACUUCUUUGUUACCUCGUUGUGGCCAAUACCAGGUAGAGAAUUUCUUCUGUGAGGUACCUGCCAUGCUUCAGUUAUCCUGUGUUGACACCUGGGUUAAUGAGGUAGAGAUGUAUGCUGCAGUAGUUGUCAUAAAAGUUAUCCCUCUUGGGCUAAUUCUUUUCUCUUACAUCAACAUUGUCAGAGCAGUCAUGAGGAUACAAUCUUCUGAAGGUCGAAAGAAGGCCUUUAACACAUGUGGGUCUCAUCUUCUGGUGGUCAUCAUGUUUUAUGGCUCUGCCAUCAGUGGCUAUGCAUACAUGGCACCCAAGAGCAGCUCAGCCAAACUUAAGGGCAAGCUUUUGGCACUGUUCUAUGGACUCAUAACCCCAAUGCUGAACCCUCUUAUCUAUACCUUGAGGAACAAGGAUGUCAAGGCAGCAGUGAAGAAGGUACUUGGAAGAGAACAAGAGCAAGGGUGGAACUUAGAUUAGGAAAAAGAAAAUCCUAUAGCAAUCCAGUCCUUGGUUCCAUAGCAGGAUUACCAACAGCUCUCAUUCCUCCAGCUAGAAAAAGAGCCUGAUUGUGACCUCUUGUUAUCGUUUAUAUAUGAUCAAUGUAAUAGACAAUGGUCAUUGGGA